AUGGAUAUCUCUGAUCAGACUGUGCAAAAGAUCCAAAAAUUUGCAGAGAAGCGGCGAGACGCAGAGCUUGAAUCAGAAAAAGAGCCCCUCAGUGGAACCACAUUGCAUGUCUACACGCGACGCUUGGAUGCAACCCUACAAGGACUCCAGGAGCAAGUCAAACGCCAGCAGGAUGAACUAAACAAGCUCCGGGAGCUUAACUCCCUUGAUCUGACAGAAACGGGCACUGAUACUUGGGCCCGUGUCUCUCAAGCCAGACGGGCCAAGAAAGCAUAUGACUCGCUUCUCAAGACCGAUGAUGAGCACCCAGCAACAGACUCAGUAUUACCAUCACUCCUAGCCCUUGAAGAGACUGCACGGCUUGUCCAGGAGAAUAAGGUAUCUGUCACAAUGACAGCCGAACAACUCUCUGUGGACCGUGAGCGCUUGCGAACUGAAGAAGCCAAUCUGCGCGACUCCCAAUCAAUCGCAAGCGGGCUUCGAGAGCGGAUCAAGAGAAUUCGCACUGCAAACGAAAGAAAGGGAGAGCAGACUCCCUCACAGGUAGCGCGCGAGCAGCUAGGUGAACAGAAAAAGCGGAACAAAGAGCUUGAUCACACAUCCGCGAAGCUCAAGGUCUCGCUAGACAAGUUCAUCGAUGAGACCCUCGCUCCAAUGCUUGCUGCAGAGGAUUUGGGCGGCCCGACUGUUGGUGAUGCGUUCGAGGUGUCAGAUGCUGCGCUGAAGGCGGGUUACACGGCACAUGGCAAGCCUAAGAAGCAGAAAGAGCCUGUGGAAUCGGAGGAUGGAUCACAACAGCGGAUUGAUAAAUUUAUGAAACGCAACGUGGACGAAUCUUCCAUAAACAAGAGGGAGGCAGCUGCAAAGGAGAUGCAUGAUCUCCUCGACGCUAUGUUGGAGGCCAACUCCUAUAUCGAUUUGACACGCGACUCGGCGUCUUCGAGGUUCCUUGUGAGAGCCAAAGUCGCGCAGUUUCAUCCUCGUGACGCACGGCGGCUUCGAUUGAUUGAUUUUGGCCGCUCACUAGGAUUCUGA